AUGUCCACGACGUCGUCCCCCGUCGCUGCUGCUCGUUCGGGCAGCAGUGAGACGCCCCUCUCGGUGCAGCGCCCCGUCCUGUCUCCCCGCAAGCGCAAGCGCAGCGCCAUUGAAGCGGUUUCCCCCACGUCCCUCGACGAAGACGUGACGCCCCACAGCAGCAGUCGCACCAGCGCCGCCAGCCACAGCGCCAGUUGCACGUCGCUCGAGGCGCGCGUGAUCUCACCCAAGAAAAAGACCAAAGCCGAAGACCGCAGCGGCGCUAACAGCAGUAGCAGCUGCAGCGCUCACAGCCGUAGCAGUGGCCCGAGCCACAAGUGGGAGAGCCACCACGUGGGGACGGCCGUCGCCAGUGCGCUGGAUCUCGACGGCCUAGAGACAGCGGAGCCCAUUGCGCUCUGGGCAGAGCCUGCGGGGGACCUCUCGGCCGCUGAGCUCGAGCUCCUGUGCCGCCUCUUGGCAUGA